UACAUUAACAUUCAUGAUAUUUAAACCAUUAAGUUAGCGGGCUCGUUCUGUGUGAAUGGAAUGCUCGUGUAGGGUAAGAAGCAGAUAUCGGGAGGUCUGCGAAUGGCAACAAUGAAUAGUUGCCGACUGUUGUUUCUUUUUUUUUUUAUAUAGAAUACAUAUUUUGGCUGAUAAGAACAGGCUGUGCCUCUUAUCAGCAAUGCACAACAAAAAGUACACACGGACGAGCAAGAUGUGAGAAGCGAAAGCGGACGAAAAUAGAAACAAACGGCGAUAAUUUUACAGCAAAGGCGAAUUUUCAUACAUAAGCAGCAGCACUGUGUUGAUGGAGGAACAACCAAGAGAAUUACGCCAAUAAUCCAAUCAGUUAAUCUUCAAAGCAGGCGGAGCGUGGACGUAAAAAUGCUUAGCGGUUACGGGUAUUCGGAUGGUGCUUCGUGAUAAAAACUCCAGGGAAUAAAAAAAACACUCAUUUAGCUUACAUUAUUUUUCCGUUGAAACCGAUACGCAUUUGGCUGCGGACUCCGCUUCGGCCCAAAGAAUACAAAAUAAACGUAAAAACUAUUCCUAAAUGUUCGUUGUUACUCGUGAGCAGCUACCAUCAUGUUGAAGUCUACCCAGUUGGUGCAACAGUUUGCCAAAGAGUACGCCAAGUUUACGCCGGCCAACUUUAAGUUGGAGCGGGCACUGGUGGUCACCAAGUUGUCUCGCUAUGAGUUCGAGCAGCUGCGUCAUCCCGGCCUCUCCAAGGAGCAGCUGGAGCAGAAGUUGCGGAACCGGGGCACCGAUGUGGAGAUGGUGCUUUACCUGCACAACCUCCACAAGGACUUUGAACGCCGGAUCGUCCAGAGCUUCAAGAACGUGGGCUGCGAGGUGAAGCUGGCCAGCAGACUUGAAUUUAGAAGCUCGUUGAGCAAGGAGGUCAUGCGCUGGGCGGACGUCAUCGUUCCUGUGGGUGGUGAUGGCACCUUUCUCCUAUCUGCGGGACGCGCCAGUCCGCUCUUUGCCCUUAGCCAACAGAAGACGCCGAUUGUGGGCUUUAACUCGGACCCCCUUCACUCGGAGGGCAGGCUGAUGCUGCCCAAGUACUUCUCGGAGAAUCCCUCCGAUGCAGUCUCAAGGAUAAAGAGCGGUGACUUCAAGUGGAUGCAUCGCUCCAGAGUGCGCACUACGCUGCUGGGUAGCAAUGGCAAGAUCCCGGAAUCCACAGACCUCUUCCGGCACACAGAGGUUAAAAUGGAGCAAGUCACAACCGAACCCGAGAUGCUCGACCCGGAAAUGGCCAGCAAGUACAAGGCAAAAAUGAAGCGCAUUCUCCCCUAUUUGGCCUUAAAUGAGGUCUUUAUUGGCGAGCAUCUCUCGGCGAGAGUGUCCCACCUGCAGUUGGUAUUGGACCACCAGGACGUGGUGAACAAAACCAAGUGCUCAGGACUCUGUGUGAGUACGGGAACGGGUUCGACCUCGUGGCACACCAGUAUCAACCGCAUUACCAGUAGAAACGUAGAUGCCUUGCUCCGAUCGCUUCCUAACAGUGAUUCGAAAGACGUAUUGAAGCUGCGGGAGAACACGGAGGAGAUCGCUCAGAGAUACAACCAAGGUCUGCUAUUCGCACCCGAUGACCCAAGGCUUUGCUAUUCGAUCCGGGAACAAAUCUGCGUGGGUGUGUGGCCCUCGCCGAAGACUUUUAAGGAGCGCGACUUUGUGCAGAGUGUGUUUGUCAAGUCGCACUGCAUCGAUGCCAAUCUUGUCAUAGACGGCAGCAUAUCGUACCCCUUCAAUGAUGGUGCUAAGGCCUUGCUGGAGAUCUAUCCCGAGGAUGCGCUGCUGACCAUUGCCCUAGACUGAUAACUGAGGAAUCAUGGGGGAAUAACGCGUCUCAAGUGCCUGGUCCGGCGUCUCUAGCAUGUCCGAAUUUUGGAAAUUAUUUAAAUAUGCAUUUUGCAACUACUUAGCGGUGUAAGCUCAAAAGUUAUUUUGUUAUAAUAUUAAAGUAUAUUUAAACAUCA